AUGUUUGCUUCAUAUAUUACAAAAAUGGCGGAAAUAAAAUCACGUCGUGUCGCGCAAACAGAAGAUUUAUCAAAUGUUGAGUUUGAAACUAGUGAAGAUGUGGAAGUUAUUCCAACAUUCGAUAAUAUGGGACUCAGAGAUGAGCUAUUACGUGGAAUUUAUGCUUAUGGUUUUGAGAAACCUUCUGCGAUUCAACAACGAUCUAUUAAACCAAUCAUGAAAGGACGAGAUGUAAUUGCACAAGCUCAAUCUGGUACAGGCAAAACAGCAACGUUUUCAAUUGCUAUAUUGCAAUCUUUGGAUACACAAGUUCGAGAAACACAAGUAUUGGUCUUGUCGCCUACGAGAGAAUUGGCAACUCAAAUACAAAAAGUUAUUCUGGCUUUAGGAGACUUUAUGAAUGUUCAAUGUCAUGCUUGUAUAGGUGGUACAAAUCUUGGAGAAGAUAUUAGAAAAUUAGAUUAUGGACAGCAUGUUGUAUCAGGCACACCUGGAAGAGUAUUUGAUAUGAUAAAAAGAAGAGUUCUUAGAACAAGAGCUAUAAAAAUGUUAGUUCUUGAUGAAUCUGAUGAAAUGUUAAAUAAAGGUUUCAAAGAACAGAUUUAUGAUGUAUAUAGAUAUUUGCCACCUGCAACACAAGUUGUAUUAGUAUCUGCAACAUUACCACAUGAAAUUCUUGAAAUGACAAGUAAAUUUAUGACAGAUCCCAUUCGUAUUCUUGUAAAACGUGAUGAAUUGACAUUAGAAGGAAUAAAACAAUUUUUUGUGGCUGUUGAAAGAGAAGAAUGGAAAUUUGAUACGUUAUGUGAUUUGUAUGAUACAUUGACAAUAACACAGGCAGUAAUUUUCUGUAAUACUAAACGUAAAGUAGAUUGGCUGACAGAAAAAAUGAGAGAAGCUAAUUUCACAGUUUGUUCUAUGCAUGGUGAUAUGCCUCAGAAAGAAAGGGAUAACAUAAUGAAAGAAUUUCGAUCUGGACAAAGUCGUGUUUUAAUUACGACUGAUGUAUGGGCAAGAGGAAUAGAUGUUCAGCAAGUAUCUCUUGUGAUCAACUAUGAUUUACCUAACAAUCGUGAAUUAUAUAUUCAUAGAAUAGGAAGAUCAGGACGUUUUGGAAGAAAAGGUGUUUCCAUUAAUUUUGUAAAAACUGAUGAUAUAAGAAUUCUCCGAGAUAUUGAACAAUAUUAUUCAACACAAAUUGAUGAAAUGCCUAUGAAUGUAGCAGAUUUAAUAUAAUGUUAAACUUUAAAUUUUUAUUAAAUAAGAAUUAUUAUGCAAAAAA